AUGGGCAAUCCUGCCUUGACUCCGCGUUUACAGACCCCCUCUACGCAGCCCAACUCCGAUACGAUGUCUCCUCGUCGCAUCGAUGUUCAAGCAGAGCCGAAACCAGCUCCGAACACCAAGAACGAGAUACAGUUCCAGUUUGUUAGUAGCGAGGAUAUCUCUAGCGAAGAGGAAGGGAGCAUCGACCGAAAGCGCAAUCGGGAGAGCAAAGACUUGACCAACGAGCACAAGUCUCUGAUCGAGGAUAUAUACAAUGUGGAGCGCCGCGAAGAUCAGCCCAAAAAGCGCAUCAAGACAGCCGAUACCGAGGAUACUAUGGCUAAGAGCAAGUCGCAAUUCAAAAUGUCUGGGAACAGCGGUCUCGGUGAAUACAUGAAGGAAGGCAGACACCCUCCCGAAACCGCCACUCCGGUUGUGGAUCUUACCAGCGAAGUCCCGACCAAGACGACUUCAACCGAUGAUGAAAUAGAAGUCACCGGGUCCGUUGAUUUGAGCGAACAGAUCGUGUGCUAUGGCAAGAUUCAAAACGCAUUUAUCCAAGCGCAUCAAGUUCCCAAGCCAACUGCGAACAAUUUCUUUGACGACUACUCGCGCGAUUGGCCUCCUAUUAAAUUGACCACCCGCCGUGGUCCAGUCAACAGAAUCGAUGUCAGCGAUCCUUUUAGUCAUGUCUUCGGGGCAGUCGACGCUAGAACAGCCGCGGCCAUUUGCCCUUUACUAGAUACCCCGGGCAUGAAUAUUUCCAUGACGGCACGCCUCGAACUACGGAGGAGACAACCAGAUGAAGAAGUCUGGCAGCCCUGCUCCGCCCAGUAUCGCGCCGCCAUCAAUCUGAUUGGACCAAGAAAGUUCGCAGACAUGGUUGGGAAAACUCUUGGUCAUGCAAAUGUCUGGUUGGACACUCCUUCCAUGGUAGAUAGGGGUAUGGCCGUUUACAAUCCGCAUGCCAAACUAAGACUCGCCCAGCAGAAUCAUGGAUCUAUCGCUGGUACUCGUUCGCGAGACAUGGCAACUUACGAGGUUCGAACUGCAGAAGAGGUCAACGAUGCUGUAAUGAAGAUGUUUGAUCAGCUCAAAAGUACCGAGAAUAUUCCUGAGAUGGAGCCGUCUCCUUUGAUUCUUACACCUCUUCUUCAUCACCAGAAGCAAGCUCUAUGGUUCAUGAUGGAAAAAGAGCAAGACCGCAAGUAUGGAUCGAAGGAGGAGGAAAACAACUCACUGUGGCGUGAGGUCUACACGGCCAACGGAAUCAAACGGUACCGCGAGAUCAUCAGUGGUGUUACCGUCAACGAAGAACCUGCCCAGGUCUACGGAGGCUUGUUAGCUGAUAUGAUGGGUCUCGGUAAAACUUUGAGUAUCCUGUCCCUUGUUGUUGCAACACUACCACAGUCACGAAUCUGGGAACAGCAGCCACCCCACAAUUCUCUUGUCCGUGGUAUUCCUGGUAUUCGUAAUACGAAGACAACAUUGCUGGUUUCACCUCUGAGUGCAGUUCACAAUUGGGUCGCUCAGAUCAAGGAGCAUCUAAGUGAUGAAGCCAUUUCUUACUACGUGUUCCAUGGGCCGUCCCGAACGAAGAUAGUCGAAGAGCUGUCUCAAUUUGAUCUGAUUAUUACGACUUACAGCACAAUUUCAAGUGAACUCCGCGGACGUGGUACCAAGCCGGUCAACAGCCCAUUGCUGAAGAUGAACAUGUUCAGAAUUGUCCUUGAUGAGGCCCACGUUAUCCGCGAGCAGUCUGCACAACAAAGUCAGGCUAUUUUCCGCUUAAACGGUCAACGUCGCUGGUCUGUCACAGGAACCCCAGUGCAGAAUCGUUUGGAAGAUCUCGCAUCAGUAACAAAGUUUCUUCGGCUGUAUCCGUAUGACGACAAAGCCAAGUUUAACGCACACAUUCUCAGUCGAUUUAAGAUAGGUGACUCUACCGUCUUUGCCAGCCUCCGUGUCCUUGUGGACUCGUUCACCCUCCGCCGUGUCAAAGAUAAGAUCAAUCUGCCACCUCGGGAAGACAAGAUAAUCAUGUUGGACUUCUCUGAGAAAGAAGCCAAAUUGCACGAAUUCUUCCGCCGAGAGUCAGACUCGAUGAUGAAGGUUAUUGCGAAUGAGAGCAAGAGCACCAUGGGCGGUCGAAUGUAUCACCAUGUGCUCAAGGCUAUGAUGAUUCUUCGCCAGAUUAGCGCACACGGCAAAGAACUGCUCGACAAGGAAGAUCGUGAGAGGAUGAAAGGCCUGAGCGUUCAAGAUGCUAUAGACCUGGAGGAAGGUGAAAAGGAAGAUCAAGCUUGGGCGAUUGACAGAAAGGCCUAUGAAAUGUUUACUUUGAUGGAAGAGUCUUCUGCCGCAGUGUGCGCCAUGUGCAACAAACCGCUGACUGAAAAUAAUAAUACAGAGUCUGGUUCGCCGGAUCCAAAGCUUCCUAUGGCUGUGAUGCUACCAUGCUUUGACGUUUUGUGCCUUGAUUGCUUCGGUCCGAUGAAGAAAGGAUUUGUAAUGCAGCCAGAGACAUCUUCAGAACAGACACGAUGCGUGAAGUGCGAAGGUUGGAUCACUAUGACUUACUCUGCCAUUACACCAGCUGGACUCCAACAGUACACAGAGAGUCAAGCGGAGGCCAAGACAAAUCGGAAACGAGCGAAACUUCUAGGAGAGUAUGAGGGACCCCACACCAAGACCCUAGCUCUGUUGGAACAUCUGCAGAGCUCGGCUGAGGAAAGUGCAAGUAUCAAGGAUGGGCCUCCUAUCAAGAGCGUGGUGUUUUCGGCUUGGACUUCUCAUCUCGAUCUCAUUGAGAUCGCUCUAAAGGACAACGGUUUGGAGGGAUUUACUCGUAUCGACGGGACAAUGACGCUCGCAGCCCGCAAAACUGCACUCAACAAUUUUGCUGAAGACAACAAUAUUACUAUUCUGCUCGCUACCAUUGGAGCAGGAGGUGUUGGCCUCAAUUUGACGAGCGCAUCUCGCGUUUACAUUAUGGAGCCUCAGUACAAUCCUGCUGCGGUAGCUCAAGCAGUGGACCGUGUCCACCGAUUGGGUCAAACUCGUGAGGUGACUACCGUGCAGUUUAUCAUGAAGGCCAGUAUCGAGGAGAAGAUCUUCGAAAUGGCUAAAAAGAAGCAACAGUUAGCGGAAGACAGCAUGGCUCGUGGCAAGCUCGAUAAGCGUGAAGUCCAAGAGGCACGCAUGCAAGCUUACAGAAGCCUGUUCCGCUAA